AUGAGCUUCACUGGAAAAUAUGAACUCCAGUCCCAGGAAAAUUUUGAGCCUUUUAUGAAAGCCCUUGGGGUUCCCGAUGACAAGAUCCAGGAGUUCAAGGACAUCAAGAGCAUUUCAGAAAUCGUGCAGGAUGGGAAUAAGUUCAAGGUGACUAUGACCGCUGGCCCCAAAGUGAAGCACACUGAGUUCACCAUCGGGGAGGAGUCUGAGAUAGAGAUGCUGCUUGGAGAGAAAGUCAAGGCUGUUGUUCGUCUGGAGGGUGGCAACAGACUGGUCACAAAUUUGAAAGGGAUGACAUCUGUCACCGAACUCAAUGGAGACAUCAUCACCCAUUCGCUGACCUUGGGAGACAUCACCUACAAGAGAAUCAGCAAAAGAAUCUAG